GCGAGCAAGGACUCGGGGCCCGCGCGGCGCCUCUCGGGGCCGGGCCGCCGCCUCUGCGCUCAGCCCCGCAGGCCGGGCAUGGGUGGAGGCGCCGGGCCGGCACGAUGAGCGCCCUGGGCAGCCCCGUCCGGGCCUACGACUUUCUGCUCAAGUUCUUGCUGGUGGGCGACAGCGACGUGGGCAAGGGCGAGAUCCUGGCGAGCCUGCAGGACGGCGCGGCCGAGUCCCCGUACGGCCACCCGGCGGGCAUCGACUACAAGACGACCACCAUCCUGCUGGACGGGCGGCGGGUGAAGCUGCAGCUCUGGGAUACUUCGGGCCAGGGAAGAUUUUGUACCAUAUUCCGCUCCUACUCCCGGGGUGCACAGGGUGUGAUCCUGGUCUAUGACAUUGCGAACCGCUGGUCUUUCGACGGCAUUGAUCGAUGGAUUAAGGAGAUCGAUGAGCAUGCCCCCGGAGUCCCCAAGAUCCUGGUGGGGAACCGCCUGCACCUGGCGUUCAAGCGGCAGGUGCCCACGGAGCAGGCCCAGGCCUACGCCGAGCGCCUGGGCGUGACCUUCUUUGAGGUCAGCCCUCUGUGCAAUUUCAACAUCACGGAGUCGUUCACGGAGCUGGCCAGGAUCGUGCUGCUGCGGCAUGGGAUGGACCGGCUCUGGCGGCCGAGCAAGGGUAGGCCCAGGGGCUAUUCCGGGCGCCACCUCUGCCCUCGGAUGCCGAGGUGGUUCAGCGGCCCCCUGGAUAAGUGUCUGCCUCCCGGGACCCGUCUCAAGGCCACUGUGUCCGUUCUCAGAGCAAGGCAUUUGAGAGAAUGCUGAGCUUGCAAGACCUCUGCUGCCGGGCGGUCGUGUCCUGCACGCCGGUGCACCUGGUGGACAAGCUCCCGCUCCCCAUUGCCUUAAGAAGCCACCUCAAGUCCUUCUCGAUGGCCAACGGCCUGAACGCCAGGAUGAUGCACGGCCGUUCCUACUCCCUCACCACCAGCUCCACCCACAAAAGGAGCAGCCUCCGUAAAGUGAAGCUCGUCCGCCCCCCCCAGAGCCCCCCCAAAAACUGCACCAGAAACAGCUGCAAAAUUUCUUAAGGAAGGCACUGAAAGAAACACGGCGGAAUCUCUCCAGGAGAAACUCGGCGUUACCCCGGCAGCUGGCGGAUGCAUCUCAGAUUCCGGUUUCUCUCGGCGAAUGCUGCUUGCAAAUGUGUGCGACGCCUUCCGUGUGAUGGAAACACACUACACCAUCAGACUUCGAAUUUCUACGUGGAUGUGCAUGAAGCUCUUGUUUUCGAUGUGUUUAUAAAGGGAAAAUUAGUACUCUGCUCAACUCUUGGUAACAUGAAAUUCUGAAUGUUACUUUAUCAUGAUUGCACUGCAACUUUUUCCUUAAAAUAACUGCUUUUGUAAGAACGGUGAUAUUGGAGUGAUUAGUAUAAAUUCAGUGGAAUUUGAGAAGCAAUGGUAGUGGGAUAAUUUAGAGUCACUGAUAUUAUGAGAGGGGUCUUUUUGUAAACCUCCUUUUUAAUGUCAAAGCACCAAUUUAUAAAACGCUGCAGAUGUAGAGGUUAUGUGCAACUGAUCUGUCCAGUUUGUGUAUGAAAUGGAUUUGAUAAAGUUUUUGCUAGUUAUUUACUACACUUUGGGAUUAAUAAGUCAUUUAUAUGCAUAUUUUUCUGUAAAUCUACAGUUUUUUGUACAAGAUAUUCUACAAGUUAUGAAGCUAAGGGAAGAAAAUGCCAAAGAUACCUCUAGUUAUGUUGAACACAGACAACGCAGUUUCGACAGGUCAAGGAAGAGCUGUUUCAGUAAAGAAUGAAGUGAAAACACUUACUAAGAAAAUGUUUCUCAACAAUAAAAUGUAUAGUUGUUUCUCUGUUGGUA